UUCUCCAGCAGCAGUGGAAAGAGAGAGAGGGGUGAGAACGUUCUUAUUAUACCUCAGUGGGUGAGAAAGCUAGCCAACCUUCUACGGUGGAAACUACAGUUAUAUUCGAAAAAUCCCACGAUAGUUACAUUAUUUAUAUACACACAAAGUGACUGGUUUGAAAAACAUCGUAAUUUAACCGAAAUUAUCUGUGCCAAGUGUAUUAGAGAGCCAUAUCUAAUUAAACGAGCAAUGGCGUUGAAAAGAAUUCAAAAGGAACUGACAGAUUUGCAGAGGGAUCCGCCUGCACAGUGCUCAGCGGGACCAGUUGGAGAUGAUUUGUUUCACUGGCAGGCGACAAUAAUGGGUCCGAAUGACAGUCCUUAUCAGGGAGGGGUGUUCUUUUUGACUAUUCACUUCCCUACAGACUACCCCUUCAAACCACCAAAGGUUGCGUUCACGACAAAGAUCUACCACCCCAAUAUCAACAGCAAUGGAAGUAUUUGUCUGGAUAUAUUGAGAUCACAAUGGUCGCCUGCACUUACUGUAUCAAAAGUUCUCUUGUCAAUCUGCUCUCUGCUUUGCGAUCCGAACCCAGAUGACCCUCUUGUACCAGAGAUUGCACACACCUACAAAGCUGACAGGGAAAAGUACAACAGACUAGCAAGAGAAUGGACACAGAAGUAUGCAAUGUGAGAAUGCCUGUGAAAUGAAAACACUAAAAGAAGAAAAACACGUUUAAUAUUAACACAAGGCAAACGAACAAGAGGGGAAACAUAACUACACACUCUGGUUGGAGAAGGAAGCGAUAAAAUAAGGGACAGUGCAACCUGGCUGCUAAGUGCCGAGCUGCUGCCAUGUGCCAUUCUUCAUGACUUGUAUGGAUCAGCUGAGCAAGGCCUAAGGAACUCCUGAAAGCACUCCCUUAUGGAAGACUGGAACCUCCCCGUAGUCCAGACCACCACACCCAGACUUUAACUAUUACGACUUCUAUUGUGACUAUUAUUAUCAGUGUUACUAUUCAUAUUCUUAUUAUGAUUACUUAUUAUAAUGAUAUCAUUGUGUUAUUCUACUGAAUGCUGAAACAUGGGGUUUUGAAUUUGGAGGGGCCUAGUUAGCGGUUUGGUUCUCCCUCCUUUCAAAGGUACUAUCUUUGCCCCUCUGGAUGUCUUGUAUUACUGUAUGUUCAUGUAUUCAGUGGCCUUGCUGUAUUAUUGUAACAACCUCCUCUCAGAUGUUAGAUGUGCAAUUGAGUUGGAGUGCUCAGCACAUAAUGGUGCAUGGCUAUAUGCAGCAGCGUGGUUCAGUGGCUCACUAAGACUCUGGAGAUGGUUCGACCCAAACUAUCUCGCACCCGGACAUAAUGUGAGACGAUUCAGACAGUCAUUCUGUAUCCCCCUGAGCGAAUUUGUUUUAUCACUCAAUGCAUUUUGAAAUGUCCCAAAUGCAGUGACGGGUGGUCCUUGGAGAGCCUGGAGAGAGGUGCUAUCAAGGUGAGCUGCCCUGGGUUGGACUGGCAUCAGUGCUCAUGGGCAAGAGACCAGGGAGAAAGUUCUGGAACCUCCACCACUUUUCUCACCUGUGUCGUCUAUGUCCCUGCUUGUCCUAGAUCCAUCCAGGGCUAGCACCUUACUACAUAAAAUCAUACUGGAAGGUAGUACUUAAACCCUGGUAAAGCUAAUCUCAAAGAGCUUAACUACUCCCAGCCAUACAGUUGAGUACACACGUAGCGAAACAGAAUGUAAGCUUGAGAGAUCAGGAUGGUUCAUGAGGCUGGAGGUAGAGUGCCACCCUGUAAAUACAGUAGCUCAGGUAUAUAUCCAACUCACCUGUCUGUGAAAGGGCACUGUAGUGACCUAUGAUGUGAGAAAAAUGACCAGAGCUGUGUUGCACACUGACAUGCUGCUUUAAUCCAGAAGUUGUCGUUGGAGACAUUAUCUGACAUGGGUCAUUCAUUAGCUUUCCCUUCUCAGUUCUCACCGUUAUCACAGAUUGUUUUACUGUACAACACUAUGAUGUGAAUGUUUUCAAACAGUUUUUGUUCAUGCUGUGGAUAGACACCGCACAUGCUAUUUCUUUGAAUAUGCCAUUGGUUAAAACUGGAGUCAUUUUUAAUUUAGAUGGGAGGUUGAAAAUACUUUAUUUAAUGACAACUGUUGCAGAUCUAUGAAUUAACAUGUUUUUUUUUUUUGUUAAUGUGAGUGACUUGAGGUGUAUUUCUCAUCUUGGUUUAUUGUGAGGUUUCACAUGUUUCCCAUGCCUUUUACAUUUUAACAUAACAUGAGCUGUAACCUGGGUUGUGCCAGAUGUCUUGAGAUUUUGUUAUUGUCAUUGGAACAUUACUUUCUCUUUAUUUUUACAGAGGGUCUGCAACAGUGCACAUAGGCAAUACAUUUUUAACUUAGUAUUCAGCAAGCUUGAUUGUAGUUUUUUUUUUAUGUCACUAAAAUGACCACUGUUGUAAUUAAUCUGGCAUUAGUAAUAUCACAUUUUAAAGUCAACAAUUAUUUAGUCUGCAUCUGUCUUGAGCUAUAAAUUGUUUGUUGACAUGGAAAGGGAAUAAAAAGUAUAGGGGGGGGGGGGCAGUAUAAGACUUUUGGCAAUCGAAAUGCUUGGUAUUGUAGCAGUAACUGUCGUUCAUGGAUUUAGUGAAAGAUCAUUUAGGUUGAUUGGGCUGGAAAAGAGGUUGUACUCUAGUCUACACUAUACUGCAGAUUGGUUUUAUUUAGGAGCCCAAUGCAUACAGUCAUUAUGAAUUACAUUUAGAAUUGGUCAUAAGGCUAUGAUUUUGGCACAAAACGCUUUUUCACAUUUGUUCUACAAUUUAGCAGCAAUGGAUUGAAUAUCAGAAUCAUCUGGCAGUCAAACCAUUUCUUAAAAAGACUGAGGCAGUAAGUAAUGCCACCGGACAAAACAUUUCUUAAGCUUGCUGAUUUUGCUCCGUAUAUUUGUUUUGGUUGUUUGGUUAUUUUUUUGUAAUCUGUCUUCCAGUUGUCUGUUUUGUGUGCAGUCAGCCUCAAUCCAUCAAAUGUUUCUUUCAGUAUGACAUCCUGGUUUGCUCCAAAGAGAUAACAAAUGAUCUCACUGGUCCAAUGGGUUCUCAAUGGAGGUCAUGAUAGGCAGCUUGGCAUGCUUUGCACUCUGGAGAACCUUUUCACAACCAUUUGUCAGAUAUCAGGGAUUUCUUUACAAUUAAUUUGCCUGACACCUCUGACAAAAACUUAGCCUUAACCAUCAUUUUGUGUAUAGAUACUUUAACUUGCUAUCAGGGCUUGUUUUCCCCUAAAGGGAAAUCAAUUUAAUUUUAUCACUAGAGACUUGCAAUUAAAAUGUAAAUGGGACAACUCAUUUUUAAAUGUACAGCCUUGCUAACUUGAAAUUCAGGACCAGCCUUCAUAAAUAAAUGCAUCUCAAAUUUGAUAUCUCUGUAGGUAUGUCAAUAAGACUUCCCAUCCCCAUAACCAAUUCUCUCCCCUUGCAUACACAUGACAGAAAAUAAUUGAGUUGUCAAUUAAAAUAAUAAAACUCAUUUUGUUUUAUGUUUCUGAAAUUAA